AACUCAGUCAUUCUCUUAAUUUCUCAAUUACCAUUACUUUGAUUCAACCUAAAACGUAAACUACCAUUAAAAUGCUCUGUAUAGUUUCUGUACUCACUGUUGCGCUCGCUGGCGGGGCAUCAGCUUUCACACCACCUGGGUUUGAACCAUCUUCAACUAAUGAUCUCACUGUCGCAUAUGGCUCUAAGCUUGCAACAAAUGGAAUCCAAAUGUUACGAGCCGACACGGCCUAUGCUCCUAUUCUUGGUACAGCCACAAAAAUGAGCGGUACCUACGCAGUAAUGAUGGUUGAUCCCGAUAUUCCACCCGCAAAAGUGGGAGGUGAUACAUCACAAUUUCUUCACUGGAUGCAAGCCGAUCUCACGUCGUCGAAUACCACGACGACUAUCGGAGGUCAAAAAAUCUACGAACUGAUCAACGUAAAGAACACAUCUGCAUUCGCUACAUAUCUACAGCCAAAUCCUCCAGACAUUGCGCCAACUACUCAUAGAUAUACUCAACUACUAUUUAAUACGACAGGUAUGAACAUGAGUCUAGCUUCACUUCAAACAGCCGGAAAAACUAGAGGAAAUUUCAAUGCUACAAAUGUAGUUAAAAGCGCAAAGCUGACAGUUUUGAUGGGGAACUCAUUCGAUGUUUCAUUUGGAGAUAAAGCGAUAAAUAAUACAGGAGCUUCAACAGGAAGUUCUACAUAGGCUUCCACUUUGACUACCUCAAGAAGUAUUUCAGCCUCGAAUUCGAACUUCACCUCGACUAUCACUAGGCUUCAACAAAGUACUGAUGGGGCAGCUGUGCUUAGAAACGAAGGUCGAGUGCUAUUCGCAGGAUUGGGGGCCGUGGUUCCAACUGGUACGUUGAUAUGAAUAAUUAGAUGGCAAGAUAACACAUUGCA